AUAGAUAAUAGAAAGAAUGAGCUCGCAGCUAUUAGCACUACACCCUUCACCUCUUCCCACCAAACCCACACCAUCAACAGCAGCAGCAACCCCUCACUACGAACGGAUCUUCAUCCCCACCCAUGUUUACAGGCACCCCUCCGCCAUUCUCCUAGAGCUCUGCAACUCUCUCACCGAGCUCCGUCAAUUCCUUCCUCUUGUCAUCAAGAACGGCUUCUACAAUCAGCACUUGUUCCAAACCAAGCUUCUCAGCUUGUUCUGCAGGUUCGGCAGCAUUUCCGAAGCUACACGUGUCUUCGACUCCGUCGACGACCACGACAAGCUCGAUGUACUUUACCACACCAUGCUCAAAGGAUAUGCAAGAAACUCUUCUUUGCAUGAAGCCUUGGGAUUUUACCAUAGGAUGAGGUCUGAUGGUGUUAAGCCUGUUGUUUACGAUUUCACUUACUUGCUGCAGCUCUGUGGUGAGAAAUUGGAUCUCAGAAUGGGUAGAGAGAUUCAUGGACAGAUGAUUGUUAAUGGUUGUGAGAACAAUUUGUUUGCCAUGACUGCUGUUGUUAAUUUGUAUGCCAAAUGCAGGCAGAUUGCUGAUGCGUAUAAGAUGUUCGAGAGAAUGCCACAGAGGGAUUUGGUUUCUUGGAACACUGUGGUGGCCGGGUAUGCUCAGAAUGGGUUCGCCAAGAAGGCAGUUGAGUUGGUUUUGCUGAUGCAGGAGGCUGGCCAGAGGCCGGAUGCAAUCACGCUGGUCAGUGUUUUGCCGGCCGUGACUGAUUUGAAGGCGUUGAGAAUCGGAAGGUCGGUUCAUGGGUUUGCUGUAAAGUCAGGGUUUGGGUCCAUGGUUAAUGUUGCGACGGCGCUUCUCGAUAUGUACUUCAAGUGUGGGUCUGUGAGUGAUGCGAGGUUGGUUUUUGAAGGAAUGAGUAGCAAGAAUGUUGUUUCGUGGAAUACUAUGAUUGCUGGUCUUGCAGAGAAUGGAGAGUCUAAAGAAGCAUAUGAAACUUUUUUGAAGAUGUUGGAUGAAGGGGUGCAGCCUACAAAUGUUAGCAUGAUGGGAGCUUUGCAGGCUUGUGCUAAUUUAGGCAAUCUUGAACAGGGGAGAUUUGUUCAUAAAUUGUUGGAACAACUGAAACUCGACUGUGAUGUGUCGGUUAUGAACUCUUUGAUAUCCAUGUAUUCGAAGUGCAAGAGAGUUGAUAUCGCAGCAUCAAUAUUCGAUAAUAUGAAGGACAAGACGAAUGUGACAUGGAAUGCCAUGAUAUUAGGUUAUGCCCAAAAUGGGUGUAUAAAGGAGGCUUUGAACUUAUUCUGCAUGAUGCAAUCUAAAGGCAGUAAACCUGAUUCAUUUACAUUAGUGAGUGCCAUUACUGCUCUUGCAGAUUUAUCAGUUACCCGCCAGGCCAAGUGGAUUCAUGGACUUGCUAUAAGAACUUUGAUGGACAAGAAUGUCUUUGUUGCCACUGCUCUCGUUGACAUGUAUGCGAAAUGUGGUGAGGUUCAGACAGCGAGAAAGCUUUUUGACAUGAUGCAGGAGCGGCAUGUGAUAACAUGGAAUGCAAUGAUAGAUGGAUAUGGAACACAUGGCCUUGGAAAAGCUGCUGUAGAUCUCUUUGAUCAAAUGCAGAAGGGGGCCAUCAAGCCAAACGAGAUAACAUUUCUGUCUGUUAUAUCCGCUUGCAGCCACUCAGGUUUGGUGGAAGAGGGCCUCUACUACUUCGAAAGAAUGAAGCAAAAUUAUGGCUUGGAGCCUGCAAUGGAUCACUAUGGUGCCAUGGUUGAUCUCCUUGGUCGUGCUGGCCGGCUAGAUGAGGCUUGGAAGUUCAUCGAGCAGAUUCCUGUCAAACCAGGGAUAACCAUUUUCGGUGCAAUGCUAGGUGCUUGUAAGAUCCAUAAAAACGUCGAAUUGGGGGAAAAGGCUGCCGACAGACUCUUCGAGUUAGACCCGGAUGAAGGAGGGUAUCAUGUGCUGCUUGCCAAUAUGUAUGCCUCUGCCUCAAUGUGGGACAAAGUUGCCAUGGUGAGGACAUCCAUGGAGAAAAAGGGGCUCCAGAAAACACCAGGUUGCAGCUUGGUCGAGUUGAGGAACGAGGUUCACACGUUCUAUUCCGGAAGUACUAAUCACCCUCAAUCGAAAAGAAUCUAUGCCUUUCUUGAGGAUCUUGGGAAUGAGAUCAAGGAUGCUGGUUAUGUUCCUGACACCAAUUCAAUUCAUGAUGUGGAAGAGGAUGUGAAAGAACAAUUGCUCACUAGCCAUAGUGAGAGGCUUGCUAUUGCAUUUGGACUCUUGAAUACUAGCCCUGGCACAACAAUUCAUAUUAGGAAGAAUCUUAGAGUUUGUGGUGAUUGCCAUGAGGCUACUAAGUACAUAUCACUAGUGACAGGAAGGGAAAUUGUAGUGCGUGAUAUGCGUAGGUUCCAUCAUUUCAAGAAUGGAACGUGUUCUUGUGGAGAUUAUUGGUAAUAUGGUGAAACAAUUGAAACCAUUUUUAGUGAAUUCUUGAGCUAUAUAUUUUUAGUGGAGUUAAUAGUCAAAUUAGUUCUAAAAGAUGGGUCGUUCUCUAAAUUUGUCCCUGAAAGAUUUUGUCAAUCAAAUUGGUUUUUCAAAUAUUACAAAUUAA